AUGGGAGGGUCGCGGCGCAAGUUCAAGCGAACCCGCACCAAGGUGCGCGUGGGGUUGCCGCGCAAGAAGCCGCGCGAGUUCAAGCCGGCCUUCGACCUGCCCGAGGCGCUCGCCGCCGCCGCCGCCGCAGAGGCCGGCGGCCACGUGCCGAGCUGGGACGCGGAGGGCAGCGUCGUGAAGAACUACUCCGCUUUCGGGGUCGUCGCCAACCCCAACCUGCUCGGCGCCCACUCCCGCGGCACGCGAGGCCUCGUCCAGAGCGCCUCGCUGCAGGCGCCCGACGUCGACGCCUUGCGGGCCCCCGUCGACGAGUUCGGCCCCGUCGACACCGGCAGUGACCUCGAGUGCGACGAUCUAAAAUCUGCACUUGGGAAGAAAAGGAGGGAUGGCAAAUCUGCACCUUUGGAGCCACUGACUAAAAUUCAACGACUAUGUAUUGGCAGAUUAAUAGAGAAGUAUGGUGACAACUACAAGGCCAUGUUCAUGGAUACCAAACUGAACUCAAUGCAGCACUCAGUGGGUACAUUAAAAAAGCUCUGUGAAAGAUACCAUGUUGGUGGCAAGACCAUCCUCUAUCCGAUGUAG